AUGGACAAGAUUAACCAGACUACCAGGACCGCUUUCAAGAGCGGCCCCACCACUCCUACGAGAGCCCUCUCUGCCGCCCAGCCCUCCCAGGCCGAUCACAAGAAUGGUUCGAGCUCCAUGUCCAUCACCACCGGCCUUGAUGUUAGCCGCUCGCAAACCCCCAAACUGCCACCCGGUGCUCAGGCUCCGGCUGCCAAGGGCAAAUUAACGAUCAAAAUCACGGAGGCGCGGGGCAUGAAGAAGAGCCGGGACCCAUAUGUUGUUGCUGUUUUCCAGCGGAGCGAGCUCAUUUCGGGGCCCCCUAGGCCCGAAGAACCCGAAGAAGUCACCCCUCCCGUGCCAGUCUUCCCCGCCAUGGGAGGACUACCCAUCCAGCGGCAAGGUAGCGAUUCGGGUAGGAUCCCUAUGGCAAUUCCCAUGAGAAGUCGCCAGAGUAGCAACACGAGUGUUACGGACUAUACCAGCUUCAGAAAUAGGAAUUCCCGCAAGUCAUUUGCGAACCCAAAGUGGGAUGCCGAGGCCAUUUUUGAUGUCGUUGACUCGGAUCUUUUGGUGGAUAUUUCCGUCCUUGACCCCGACAAGCCGAUCGGUGGAUGGUUCCAGUUGCAGGGCCACGCCGACACGGACGCGGAAAACAUCCCUACCGGAGAAGUUUAUGUCCAGGCCAGUUAUCAGAAAUCGGAGAGAAAACACCUCGGGCCCGAAGACUUCCAAAUUCUGAGGCUUAUCGGGCGUGGGACUUUUGGCCAAGUCUAUCAGGUGCGAAAGAAGGACACGGAGCGAAUCUAUGCCAUGAAGGUGCUGUCCAAGAAAGUGAUUGUGCAGAAGAAGGAGGUUGCCCACACCGUUGGUGAGCGAAACAUUCUUAAGGAAGGUCGCUUUGACGAGAAGAGGGCCAAGUUCUACAUUGCAGAGCUCAUUCUUGCUAUUCAACAUUUGCACCAGAACGAUAUCGUGUAUCGGGACCUGAAACCCGAGAACAUUCUCCUAGACGCCAACGGCCAUAUCGCUCUCUGCGACUUUGGGCUAUCAAAGGCUAAUCUCACUAAGAAUGACACGACCAACACAUUCUGCGGCACUACCGAGUACCUUGCCCCCGAGGUCCUCCUCGAUGAAUCAGGCUACACGAAGAUGGUUGACUUCUGGUCUCUCGGCGUCCUCGUGUUUGAGAUGUGCUGUGGCUGGAGUCCCUUCUAUGCAGACGACACCCAGCAAAUGUAUAAGAACAUUGCUUUCGGCAAGGUUAAAUUCCCGCAAAGGGCACUUUCUCAGGAAGGAAAGAACUUUGUCAAGGGUUUGCUCAACCGGAACCCGCGCCAUCGACUUGGCGCCAUCGACGAUGCAGAGGAGCUGAAGAGACACCCUUUCUUUGCUGAUAUCGACUGGGACCUUCUCACUAAGAAGUUGAUCACCCCACCCUUCAAGCCCAAGUUGAAGUCGGAGACCGAUGUCUCUUACUUUGACCCGGAAUUCACAAAUGCUCUGGAUAACAGCGGAUCUCUCCACGAAAGGGCUGCCGCCCUGGCGCGGGGCUUCACUACAUCUACGCCCCUAUCACCUUCAGUGCAGGCUAAUUUCAAGGGUUUCACGUACGUCGACGAGAGUGCACUUGAGGAAAACAUGAGAGAGAGAUAUGACGACGAGGACAUGAAUGAUGUGCAUCAAGACAACCGACGCGAUGAUGACGAUGACUGGGACAACCUGGACGACAUGGAUUUAAGGCGAGGGGGCAAUAGGAUGAGUGGGAUUGUCCGUACCAACACUACAGAUGAGCACAUGAUGGGCCACUUCGAAGAUUAG